UAUUACAGAGGAAUCUAGGAGUUGUGAAAUAAGUCUGGCGUCAUGGCAGCGCAGUGAGGGCAGCACUGACGCGCUUGAAGCCGUUCUGUCACAUGUUUGCUGGAGGCAGCCGGCUAGCUGGGCGAGAGGCCAGCUGCAGCCGAUUCAACUUUCAAGGAUGUUUAGGGGCCCUCAGCUCCUGACUCGGUCUUGUCCCAUAAAGUCAUUGCUCCUGUUGAGAGAAUCCCACCUUUCUUCUGUUGCUGAGCACACUGGUGCUGGAUGGCAGGGAGCAAAGCAUGUGAAAGAUGGGAGAUAUGAAGAAAUACAUGGGAGAGGCAGAAGCAAGAAUGGGUCAUCAUUGUCCACAGAGACUGUAUGCUGCUCAACACAGCUAUCUUUCUUUAACUUGGACUGUGACAAGUAUCAGCUAAGAGAGGAUUCAUUAGAAAACCUACCAUCCAAAGCCAUUUUCUUAAGCCAUCAGCACAACCCUGCAAAAUCCAAACAAACAUCUGAUCCUGCAAAUACUUACCACGACCGUUUAAUCAAUAUGACUUGCCUUCAACGCUGGAGAAGGCCUUGGGACUUUUUCCAGCCUUUACUCCACUACACCCACAAGACUCAAUAUAAUCUUAUUCAAGGUCAUUUACAGAACAGACAGUACUUUGUCAGAGCUCUAAGCCUGUCAUCACAUAUGUCACAGAAUUUAAGCCACUUUCACAUUAGACCACAGCCCCCUAGUCAGUCUUUUCACCAAACCAAAGCCCUUCAUCAGGCUGCCCCUCGUGUGGCAGACACCUGGAGAGACUACCUAUCCUCAGAGAAUGAAAACAGGUGUCGACAGACCCUGGGGCCCAACUUGAAAUUCUACGAGGUGGAAAAGGGGAGAAAAGGGGCAAGUCAGAGCUCUGGAAAGAAUCAGGGGAGAUGGGCAUCUAUCCUGAUCUGCCUUUGCUCUGUUGAGGGGGAGCCGUCGUUUCUCUUCACCCUGCGCUCCAGCAGACUGAAGGGCAGGCACAAGGGAGACGUGAGCUUUGCUGGAGGAAAGAGUGAUCCGUCAGACAGAGAUGUGGUGGCCACAGCACUGCGUGAAGCCCAGGAGGAGCUGGGUGUUAAUGUGGCAACAGAGAAGGUCUGGGGAGUCCUGAAGCCACUCAGGGACAUGUCAGGGAUGCUUAUUGCUCCUGUGCUGGCGAACCUCGGCCCUCUCGAGGAGUUGACCUUGAAACCAAACCCUGGAGAGGUAGAGGAGAUCUUCACCUUGUCUUUGUCCCAUGUGUGCAACCCCCACAACCGUGGCUACACGCACUUCCGCGUAGGUGACAAGUACGGGUACACGAUGCCAGUGUUUCGUAAUGGAAAACAUCGAGUGUGGGGCCUGACUGCAGUCGCCUUAGACAAUACCCUGAAACUCAUUGCCCCGCCAUAGCUGCUCAGUCACACACUUUCCCAGUGACUCAAGGAUUGUUCUAAAAAAAAUGUGUAUUCAGACUUUGUGUAGCAAAAAUCAUCAGGAAUCAGAAUGAAAACAAAGUAUUUUCAUUUAGGAAGUUAAAUGCAUUACUUUUCUGGGUUCAUCAGAGCUGGAACUUGUGCACUUUCUGAGCUCCAGACAUAUAAGAACUUCCACACAAUAGGUUUGCUGUAUAAAGAUAAUGGCCAGCUGUGUUGAUGUUACUGAUAAAAAGCAGAUGUUGGACGUUUAAGGUCAUCGGGUAUGUAAAACAGAUAUGAAUCAAGGAACAACAUCAAAUGGCAGGGCCAAUAUUUUUAUAUACCUUCCUUAUUUAAGUACUUAUUUAUGUUGAAAUGACAACAUUUUUGAUUCAUUUUUUCUGUACCAACAGUUCCCAGUUUUAUUUUUACAAGAUAAAUCAGUGAGUCACCAAGAUAACUCACACCACAUGACUUUCACAUGCGGCUUAUGUUUGUUGCAGUUUAUCAUUUCAGGUAAGCAAAGCAACAGCUAAACAGACUUAAUGAUUUCCAAAGUGAUUCAAGCUUUUCCUGUUUCCCUUGUUAUCUCAUGCUAGAUCAAACUUGGACUGUUACAAAACAGAACUAAUAGAAGCACAUCGGGAUGAUGUGAAAGAACAAUGCAAUAAAGUUUGUUUUAAAGUUA